CGGAGGACUGAUGUGUGUCUGGAGUGCAGGAAUCUGUCGGUAACAUUUGUGUUCGGCGGUGGUUUUCUGCGUUGCAAAAUGGACACGUUAAAUAAACUGAAGCAGUUUGACGCUUAUCCCAAAACUCUGGAGGAUUUCCGAGUGAAGACGUGGGGAGGAGCGACCGUGACUAUCAUCAGCGGCGUCAUCAUGUUAAUCCUGUUUGUCUCUGAGCUGCAGUACUACCUCACCAAAGAGGUCCACCCUGAGCUGUACGUCGACACAUCGCGAGGAGACAAACUAAAAAUCAACAUCGAUGUCAUUUUCCCUCACAUGCCCUGCGCCUAUCUCAGUAUAGAUGCCAUGGACGUUGCUGGUGAGCAACAACUGGAUGUUGAACACAAUCUGUUCAAACAGCGGCUGGAUAAAGACCUCAAACCUGUCACCUUCGAGGCAGAGAAACAUGAACUUGGUAAGGCUGACGAUGGUGAAGUGUUUGACCCCAGUACACUGGACCCAAACAGAUGUGAGAGCUGCUACGGAGCUGAGACUGAAGACCUCAAGUGUUGUAACACCUGUGACGAUGUGCGGGAGGCCUACCGGCGGCGAGGCUGGGCGUUUAAAAGUGCUGACACCAUCGAGCAGUGUAAGAGGGAAGGUUUCACACAGAAGAUGCAGGAGCAGAAGAAUGAAGGCUGCCAGGUUUAUGGCUUCUUAGAGGUCAACAAGGUGGCAGGAAAUUUCCACUUUGCUCCAGGAAAAAGUUUCCAGCAGUCUCAUGUCCACGUGCACGCUGUGGAAAUACAUGACCUGCAGAGUUUCGGCUUAGACAAUAUAAACAUGACCCAUCUGAUAAAACACCUGUCGUUUGGUAAAGAUUACCCCGGCAUCGUAAACCCUCUGGACGGGACAGACGUCACAGCGCCACAAGCCUCAAUGAUGUACCAGUAUUUUGUGAAAAUCGUUCCCACGAUUUAUGUGAAAACUGAUGGAGAAGUGGUAAAAACCAACCAGUUCUCAGUCACCAGGCAUGAAAAAGUGGCCAACGGGCUAAUAGGAGACCAGGGGCUGCCGGGCGUCUUUGUUUUAUAUGAGCUGUCGCCCAUGAUGGUUAAAUUCACGGAGAAACAGAGAUCAUUCACACACUUCCUAACAGGAGUUUGUGCCAUUAUUGGAGGUGUAUUUACAGUGGCUGGUCUGAUCGACUCGCUCAUCUACCACUCAGCUCGUGCCAUCCAGAAGAAGAUAGAGCUGGGCAAGGCAUCCUAACAGCGCCCCCGCUGGCCUCCACGGUGCAACACAGACCAAGACACGGACACAGAGACAGGAAGGCAAAAAAAGAAGAAGGGCAGACAGGCAGAGGGAGAAGUCUGGAAACUGAAGCAAGCAGUUUGUUUUCCCUCCAUCUCUCUCUCUCUCUCUCUUCUGUCAGAUUGAGUGAGAGAAAUGCAGACAGGUUUUAAAUAAGCCAAGUGUCUUUUAUAUCUGGAAGAGCACUGGAGAGGAUUUUAGGGGCCUCUUUGAAUUUUCCUCUCCACUGUUAAAUUGGAUGCCAACAGGACAGAGUCAGAAUCAGACACUGACAGGAGACUUUGAGAUUGAACUCAUGGAAAAAGGGAACGUCCUUUCCUCCAUCCUGUUUACGCCCUGCUUCGGCGCUGGUCACCACUCAGAUCAUCACACUGAAUGUUUGUCAGCAAAUCUGUGGUUGAGCCUUCCAUCACGAGGAGUCAGGAAGAGAGGCCAGGAGAACUUUUAAAGGAACAUGUCACCCAAAACGUUUAGGUUCCUCAUCAGUUAGUUACCCCACCUAAGCUGGACCAGACUGAUGAAGACAUCAACACCUUUUCAAUUGUGUUUUCUCACAAUAACACAAGACAGUUGUUUUGCAAUCUAUCAAACAUAUCAAAAUUAUUGUGAUCACAAAAUGAUUAUUUUGGUUAUAAAUAAAGGAUACAUCUGGUAAAAUUCUACAUUUUUCUUACUGUCAACAAAUUCCAUGAAAAAAACAAAACCAACACUGAAUUUAUUCUCCUAACAAGUAUCAUCGGUGCAUCCAAGGCCUGAUAUGUCCUCCAGGUGCCAUGAAAGCACAUGAGUGAGCCAUACUGUUGGACUGGGUGACAUGUUCCUUCAUCAUCAUGAACACACAUGCUGUAGUUUAUUUUAACUCAGAUUCAUUGACAAUAACAAAAUAUUCUGUCUUAUAAAUAUUUUACACAUGCGCUCUUUAUAUCCAUUUUUCUAGACCAGUCAGUAAUUUAGUUAUAUGUCAGAAUAUUGGAAACAUUUAACAACCCAGUCCUACCGAAAAAAAAAAACCUAUGUUCAAAGCUGAGGAGGAUCUGAAAACAGUAUGAGAACACUGGUAUACUAUGACAGGUUUUUAUGUUGUGCUUCUCUUGUGAGUCUUUGAUGAACUUUGUGAAGCUGAUUAAUCAGGCCUCAAUUCGUGAGUCGAUAAAAAACAUUUUGGGUGACUUGUUCCUUUAAAGAGUUGAGACACAAAAGAUACUUGGGGGGGGGGGGGGAAGCUGAUUUUCUUUUGAAGCAGUUAAAAUAAGGACACGUAUUUAAAAAAAAAAAGAUUUUUGAAGUUGAUCAGUUUAAAGACGUGUAGGACUUUUAUGUGAUAUAACAUUCUGAUGGCACAUGAAAUCAUCAUCAUCAUCAUCAAUCAUCUCUGUGUCCCCUCGUCAGAUCUGGAGGUGGUUGCACACUUUAGUCUGAUAAUCAGAAUGUUGUCAUGUCCAGCGUGUCCCUGUCUGAUCAUAGACACUGGUCCAGCAGGUCAACACCAGUUUAAACUCACUUCAUCUCGAUGCAGACUGUGUCCAACUGGUGAUUAUCAAACUAACUUUAGCCCAGUGUCUGAUGUGAAGUGGCGUGUUUUCACACAUUCCUGUCUGAUUGUGACUGACUUGGAUGUCUGUCUCAACUUUGCUGGGACUAUGUCCCCAUUUUUAAUCCCAUCCAGGGAGACAGCUGUCUACGAGCACAACGCCACAGUUGUUCAGAUCACUGGGAAAAAAAAGAUGUGUGCAGCAAUUUAAAGGUCUGGAACUAUUUUCAUGUUUGUCUUUUUGAAACUGCUGCUGGACGUCACCAGACUCAUGAAUUUUUAAAUCCUACAAAGUGGCUUUAACAUAAAAGAGAUUUUAAAUCUGAAUAUAUGAAAAAAAUAACUUGAUAUAAUCAGAAGCUGAGAAUCAUGACGUUAAAGGCACCUGCUGUGUCAAUGUAGCCAAGUAUUUAAGAAGCCAAGCUCCUUCAGAGGACAGUCAGCUUUUUUCAGUUAUGUGGCGGUUGAAGCAAAACCAACCAUCUGCUGCCAAAAUAUUCAGCAUGAGAUUCGGUUUCUUUUGUCCAUCGUCUUUAACUUCGUCUCGCCGGGCUGCAGCGCUCUGCCUUUCUUCCUCUCCUCUGCUUCUAUCCUCACCUGCAGAUUUUAGUCAUUUAACUGAGUCACUUGAAUGCUCAGUUUCCAGCACAUAAUGUUUUAAGUUGAUUGCCAAUAGGAAAAAGGAUGCAAAGUGACCCCUGUCCUGGCUUUUCCUCAUGUGAUUUUACCUCUUUUUGUCUGUGUGUUCAGGAGUGUAAACACAUCCACCGCUGCCUCAGAGAAGGGAGGGAAAGAACUUAACACUACAUGAACCCCACCAGAUUGAGUGUUGCACUGUCAGUGUUAAAAACUCAGAUGAGAUUUUCUAAGAAAUGUUUUUAAUAUGGGCUAAAGGGCUGCUUCUGUUCUGAUUUCUGUUUUUUCAUUCUGUGGAAUAAUAGAACACAAUCUGCUCUGUUAGACCUGCUGUUAACAAUAAGCUUAUGUUUUUCUCUUUCUUUUUAUUUGGCCUUUAUUUGGAUGUUUAAGAAUCAUAACACAACCAGUAGCUUCAGAUGGCCAUCAUCCUCUUGUGACCCUGUGAGUCUUUCAAACGCAUUACCAAAAGCUUCAGUAAGUAAAUGACAGGGCCGACAGGGAGGCAGCAGGAAGCUCCAGACCGCAAGAUGACAGCGUGUAAAUGUUGGGUUGAUUCUGACUUUGUUCCUGACUCACAUCUUGAGUCACCAUAUGAGAUCCAGAUGUUUCUACCAGUUUGAUCUUCACCUCAUGUUUAUUUUUGACUGUCCUGAGUGUUAGACAGACAGAAACACACUCGGGCGGUGAAGAUUGUUGGUUUAGAAAAUCUUCCCUGAAAAGACCACACCGAUGGUUUCACAGUUUUCGGUUCAUUAGCUACAAAUCAGGCGUCACUGCCAUCAGUUUUAUAUUGAGCCUUUCAUUUUAGUUCAUUUCAACAUGAUAAGAGAAUCAACUUUCCAUCCAAAAGUCAGUCACCUUGUUUUUUGGCCAUUAAAAUAAAAGCUUUUGCUGUGUUCAAGGAGAAUUGGAAAUCCAAAAUCUAAAAAGAGAGAGUCAUUUUAAGUAGUUCAGUUUUAGCGAACUGGGUUGUUCAAAGUGUUGUCCAAACAGUUCUUGCCAAAGUCAUUGCCAGAGGAUUUUGUCCCAGUAAUUAUGUAUAUUUAUUACUUAAAGUACAAAAUCUUAAAACACUUGAGGCAGUCAGAGCUUGCAACACUGGAUCAAACCUCUUUUUGUAUGGUUUUAAUGAUGCUCACCUCCUGUUUUUACUCUCACUCAGUUGACACGGUGUAUAAUAGCAGAUGUGGCUAAUAUCAGGAUGGACUGAAAGGAUGCGAAAAGACGUGGGUUCAUAGUGAAUCUGUGACUGAGACUAAAGAUCAUGUGACUGUGGCAGAUUAACAACAAAUAUUCAGAGUAUUAUGGCUGUAAAGAGGCACUUUGAUGAUCAUAGGUAUCAAAGAACCUCUUCUCUGUGUUUAAAAAGCUUCUGAAAUCUGGAUGAUGCUGUUUUAUCAUGACACUUCCUGAUGAUUCAGUUGUUGAUGGUUGGUUGUUGCACCUUUUAUCAUCUAAAUCAGGGGCAGGGGUUGUGUGUGCGUGUGUGUGUGUGUGUGUAUAUGUGUGUGCGUGUGCACACGUGCAUAUGUGCAGGUGUGUUCUGAUGCCAGUUGCUGCGUGUGUAUGAAUGUGAGAGAGAGAAAUGUAUUUAUAUUUUGAUUGUCCUCAAACAGUUUUUAAAAUGACUUCAAAUAAAUGUUGAAU